AUGGCUACCGUACCUGUUAACCCAAAGCCCUUCUUGAACAACUUGACUGGAAAGACUGUCAUUGUCAAACUCAAGUGGGGAAUGGAAUAUAAAGGUUUUCUUGCCUCUGUGGAUUCAUACAUGAACCUGCAGCUGGGAAACACUGAAGAGUAUAUUGAUGGACAGUUCACGGGAAAUUUGGGAGAGAUAUUGAUCAGAACUUUAACACUCUUGUUUUGGUUGCAUGGAAAGAUUAAUAUGAUGGAAAUGAAAGAGGAAGAAGCGAGAAGUUUGCAAAUUGAAGUGAUUCUUUUAUGCCAAAUGCAUAGUGGUAGUGUUGCGUUUGAUGGUGCUACACUGGUUAGUGUGCUUUCUUCAUUGAUUGGGCAAAAUGGUGGUGGUGAUGUUGAUGGGGGUGGGUUUAUGUCAAACAUUGAAGUUGUGAUUGCAUUGGUGAAAGCAUAUUCUGAUCUUGAAGGGGAAGUUGUCGAGAUGAUGCUUGUUGACUGGCAGCAUUGUAACUACUUUUUGCUGAACUGGUCUUGUGAUGGAGAGGCAUGCCUUGGCAAUUUAGUCUCCAAUCAGUAUGUUUGCAUGGUUGAUAGUCUCGGCGAAGCUGAGCAUCUUCGGAGGAAGUAUGGUGAGACUCAGUUGAUGAAGUUAGCAGCGACUGAUCUUAGAGGUGAUUGA